AUGGCAACUAUUAGGGCUCAGCCCAAGAAAGAAGUCCCCGGUACUGUUCUAGCCACACUCGAAUACCAGUGGAAGAUUGCCCACCAAUACAUGGCUAAUAAUCAAUCUAGUUUAUCUCGCCAGGUGCUGCGCUGUUUAUUGCAGAUGGCGUCAGAGAAUCAGUUUGUACUGCAUCCGAGUGUGGUGCAAAAGAUGUGUACCUUCUGCGGCACUUUGUAUGUGCCUGAGGAGACAUGUCAUGUUAGACUACAAGGAACAAUCAAGACGAAGAAAGGGAACCCUACGAGUACUAUACAGGAGGGAUAUCCUGCUGUAGUUGACGGUGGCAGAGCCGCUCAAGACGACGCGGUUGUUAAGUCAAACAGAAAGCCCAAUGUUUGUGGUAGAGGUCGGACAUUGCACAAUCCUAAUUUAGCUGCGGGAAAGUCAAUACGCAAUCGUUUCCGCCAGUGUAACGAAACCACCACACUUUCACAUGAACAUCCAGGUCUGUCAAACCGCACACGAGCAUUUCACAACUCUCACAGCAGAAUGGGUAUGCCCUCCAAUACAAGCACAGUGGUUAUGCACUGUACUUAUUGCAGUCGUAAUAGUAUAUUUGCCGGUGGGUUGCGAAAUGAGAGGAAGACUGUAGUAAAGAAGGUCUUGAUUGCUGGCAAUGAGAGGCCUUCUUCAAACUAUGCAAGGCCGAUUGCAUCAAAGGCGAAAUCGAUGGAACAAAGUUUUGGUGCAUCCGUACAACACAAAGUGGGUGCAGACAGUUCUGGAAAAGAAAAACAACGAAAGGCAAUACAAUCUAGUGGGAUCCCAACAGCUAAGAAUGGAAAAAUAACGCAGAACAGUAAGAAGGGCAAAAAGGGGCUUAAAGCUAUUCUGCAGAAGAAUGCUAGAGAAGCUCAGGGUGCUGCGUCAGGCGGCGAUCCGAGAUGGGCAUCUGUAAACCUGGGUGUGUUUGUCUGCGUGGAAUGUUCGGGUUGUCAUAGAGAAUUGGGAACACAUGUAUCCAAAAUCAAGUCCGUGACACACGACAAAUGGGAUGCGAAUCAAAUAAUGCAUUUACAACGUAUUGGAAACGAAGAAGUCAACAACAUCUACCUCGCGAAACUGCCGAAACAUUCUCAAUUCACAGCCGGAGAUAAGAACCACAUAUAUGCUAAAUACGUGCAGAAGAGAUGGUUUGAUGUAAACGGCACUGGUAUCAGUUCUAUGACCACGGAAGUGGCUAGCGGGAGCAACGCAAACGGUGGCAAUACUUCGCGCAGUAACACCAGUAGUGCAUCACCCCCAUCACUCGCACCAGGAGAACAACAGGAAUUGUCGCAGAAGUAUUCGCAUCAGUUGGUACAGUUACAGGGUAUGGGUCUGACUAACUUGGUCUACAACCUGGCUGCGCUUAAGAAAGCUCAUGGAGAUGUGGGCGCGGCUAUAGACGAUUUAUUCGCCAACCCGCCUCCGGAAGAACCUAAAGCACCCGAACCUGCAUCGACAGAGAGCAAAUCAAAGACAUCGACCGCAAACGCUAUGAGCACGUUAGAGGGCAUGGGCUUCACCAACAAGAUUGCUUGUAGUCAGGCGUUGAGGCAGGCGGAUGGUGACGUGCAAUCGGCGGCUGAGAUUCUGUUGGAAGCGCAAGGCAAGGCACCUCAAACUGACGCUGCACCGCAACAGGCUGCAACGUCGAAUGCUGGCAUGAACACAACCCCCGCACAACCCAUGGAUCAAUUAGCAGAUAUAUUCGGGUCGAUCUCGACGGCCGAUACCCCAUCUCAGCCCCAAUCAGCCCAACAGUACAACUCACAGCCAUUCGCACAGCAACAACAGCAACAACCACAACAACAGCAACAGUACCAGCAGCCACAGGCGGCUCAGGCACAGAGCGGCAAUCCUUACGUCCAGGCCCAAGCUCAGCAGCAUCAAGCAACGCCAUCGCGUCAAGAAAAUUCUUGGGCGCAGUACGAUCAGCAACAAGCAGCCACUGCACAGCCACCGUCACAUGCCACAGGCACACUCCCCGCCACAACAUCGCCUGCUCCAAAUGGUGCACAAUCUCAGGCACAGACACAGUCCCCUUCUGCAGGUGGACUCCCGCCCGCGUUAGUGGCUGAAGGCAGCAGCGACCCACAACCCGCCCAAUCUGAAACAGCUGAGGAGACCGCCAAGCGAGCGAACAAGAAGAACACCGCCGAUAUUAUGAGCCUCUUCAGCAAUGCUGUUUCGUCCAUGCAAACCCCACAGCCACAGUACAACCAACAGUAUGGCCAACAGGUCGCUUAUCAGCCACAACCGUAUGGUCAACAAGCAGGUGGCUACGGCAACCAAAUGUAUGGAGGGUACGGAGGUUACCAACAGGGAGGCUACGGUGCACCACAACAGCAGAUGUAUGGACAGCCCCAGCAGCAACAGGGAUACGGCGGUUAUGGCCAACAACCACAAGCUUAUGGCAUGGGUGGCUAUGAUCAGCAACAGUCCCAGCAGCAAUACGGUAUGCAGUACGGUAUGCAGGGCUCCCCACAGCCACAGGCACCUGGUUCGGCUGCAGGUGCAAAUGCAGGUGCACCAAUUUGGACGCCUCAGCAAUUGCAGGGGCAAGGACAGCAGGCACAGAGCGCAAACUCGAACAGGUCGAGCGCGACCCAAAGUAGUGCAAAUGGAUACGACAAUGUCAAUCCCUUCGCGCAAUAGAUAAAUCGUCCUCAUCUAUAACGAAAAUUACAUUGUGAGUUUCCAAUAGUCGUGCGUACUAGUGUUUGGUUUUUGACAGUGCUGUGAUGGCGUGUGUUUAUGUGUGCAGGUGUUGUUUUAAUACCAGCACGUGUUUCUUUCUCGGACAUUCCAUGAUAUUGGU